AUGUUGAGACCAAUUAAGAAGCAGGCCUUGAGAAACGAGCAAGCAGAUGAGGCCACCUACUUAGCACACCUGGCAGCACAGAGAAAUGCUAGUGCCUUCUUUGAGAAGUACGACCGAAGUGAGCUUCAGGAAUUGCUGACCACUUCAUUCUGCAGCUGGCUGGCAUCCAAAGACGACAUGCGCCACCCAUUAGAACUUCCCAGUGGCAUUCUGAGUCAGAUGAAAAGCGUCAAUACUUCAAUAGCUAUUGUACUUAUGCCGGUGGAGCCAGGCUUAGAUCUGGACUGUCGGGAAAUUCAUCAAAUGAUCAGAGAGUUGGCCGUGGGCAUUUAUUGCCUGAACCAAAUCCCUUCUAUCAGUCUAGAUGCCAAUUAUGAUCAGAGUACUUCUUGUUCACUUCCUCCAGCGUAUUUUGAUACAAGAAUAGGACAGAUAUUAAUUGCUGUUGACUAUAUGUUGAAAGCCCUGUGGCAUGGCGUAUACAUGCCCAAGGAAAAAAGGGUAAGGUUCUCUGAACUUUGGCGCUCCACCAUGGAUAUUGAUCAAGACGGUGUUCCCCAAACAUUAAAAACACCUGCGGCAGAGUUCUGUCAAGCUGGUCUAAUAGACAUUACCAAAGAGCCAGAGUUUGAAGGAAUCUAUGAUGAAAACAUGAAUGAAGAUCCAACUUACAAUCCUAACAGCGCAGAAGAAAAAACUUUCUUUAUGCAGUUUGCGGACCAUAUAAUACUUAAGCUGACAUUUGCCACUACAAAGAUUCAACAGUAUGAAGAUGUCUUCCUGUUCGAUGCGGCAUACAACCUCUCUAAUGCAAUUAGAAUGACCGAGGAUCAUCUUGAUGCUUUCUCAUACCAGAGACUACAGCAGAGGCUCACCCUUCAGCUCAAACUUCUGAAAAAGCAUCUAGAAAAGAAAGAAGACAUUCAAAAGAACAUAGCAUACAUGAAGCUGAUAAGCUUUCUCAUCCCGUUUAUCAUUAAUUUAAAGAGAAAAAACAAAGUCCCAAACUUAAGCCGGCUUCUUCAGCCGUAUUCAGAUGACAAAGUUAAAACCGAACGUGAAUUACCCCCAUUUUUGCUUGGAACAGAUUUCAAAUGCCAACAUUUUUUGUAUGCCCAGGAUCAGUAUUUCCAUCUCCACGGUGGCAUUGAAUUUGAUGUUGGGACGCCUUCAAUUGAAGAUGUUUCCAAAGAGGUUAAGGCUGCCUAUGAUGAAAUGCACACAUGUGCAAUGCAUCAUCUUACUCAACUGCUGGAUCCAGAUGCACCCUACAGAGAACAUUAUCCUAUCCCAGUAAUGGAUUUUGAUGGCAAAAGAUAUUACGUAAUUGGCAUUGAGCUUGAAGCUUUUUAUAUGCUUUUUAAAAGUCAGUGGUGGGGAGCUAUCAAUGAAGUGAUAAGCACCCUUAAACCAAAAAGGCUUCCAUUAAGUGACACGCAAGCAAUGGAACAAUUCAAGAAAAGAUUUGGCUAUAGGAAAGCUAUUAAAUGUAAGAGCCUGUCUUUUGGCAUGAAAUCUGCUGCUGAUAGAGGACUGGCUGCCAUCUUCCUUACCUUCUGCCGUAGGACCUCCAUCAACAGUCUUGCUAUUACAGAUGAUUAUGGUUAUGCAUACAUCCAUCAUGCCGCUAUUUACAACCGUGUGGCAAUUAUAGCUCAGGUGGUUAAAUUACAUCUAACUAUUAAUCAAAGGCGUUCUAUUCCAGUGAGCCAAGGUAAGAAAGAUAAGAUAGUGCCAACAAAAAUGAAUGGAUAGUCAGACAAAGAUCUUCCAAUAGGUGGAAGUUGGGGACCCACAGCUUUACAUCUAGCAGCCCAAUGCGGUUCCCUUGAAGCGCUUCAUUUCCUUCUGGCCUUAAGAGCAGAUUACCAAAUACCCGAUGACCGAGGAUGGUUGCCAAUCCAUUUUGCUGCCUAUUAUGACAACGUGUCCUGUAUCACAGUCCUUUACCGAAAAGACGCACAGCUGAUAGAGGCAGAAACUCAAUCUCUAUAUCAUUCCACGCCACUUUUGCUUGCAGCUGUAUCUGGAGCACUAGAUAGUAUCAAGUAUUUGUUUUCUCUUAAAGCCGACUGGCUAAAAAAAGACGGUGAAGGAAAUAACAUAAUACAUUUGGCUGCACUGAACUUCCACACAGAAGUUUUGAAGCAUCUAAUUGAGUUAAAUAACCCUGCUCUCCCAGUUUGGAAAACUCUUGUUGGCAUGCUGAAUUGUGAAGCCUAUAUUAGGAAACUAAUGGCAAUACAGUGUUUAGAAGUACUUUGUCUUGCCAAAGAUCAUUACUGGGACUGUAUAUUGCAGGCAGGUACCAUACCCUCAUUAAUCAGAUUGUUGAAGAGCGAAGACAUCAAAUUGGAGUGCCUCACUCUGGGAGUGUUGAGUAACAUCUCCACCCAUGAGUCAAUUGUCAGAGCCUUUGUAGAAGCUGGAGGCAUUCCUGUGUUAAUUAAGCUCUUGUCUGUGGAACAACCCGAAUUGCUGUCUCGUUGUGCAGUGUUUUUAUAUGAUAUUGCCCAGCUGGAUAAUAAUCAAGUCAUCAUCGCUGAACUGCAUGGAAUUCCUGCUCUCAUCAAUCUGUUGGACAAUGACUUACAAGAUCUGCUUGUGAAUGUCAUGAGCUGUAUCCGAGUAUUAUGCAAGAAUAAUAAACAGAAUCAGCUGAAAGUGAAAGAAAUGAAUGGUAUUGAACCACUUGUCCAGUUCUUACGUUCAGAUUCAGAUGUCCUGGUGGCAGUGGCCUCAGCAGUAAUUGCAGAAAUUUGUCGUGGGAAUAUGAAAAUGCAGAAUGCUAUUGUGGCGGCAAAUGUUAUUGAUCCUCUAAUUCAACUUCUCAGAGGAAGGAAAAUCAGUGUCCAGGUUAAAGGAGCAAUGGCAAUUGAGGCACUCUGUGAAGGGAACGUUAUUAUCCAGAUGAGAUUUCUAGCCAAAUCUGUGACCACAUUCCUCCUGAAGCUCCUCAAGGCCUUUCACUUGAAGGUGAAAGAACAAGGGGCUGUAACCCUCUGGGCCCUAGCCGGACAAACCCUGAAGCAGCAGAAAUUCAUGGCAGAACAGAUUGGAUAUAAUUUAAUUAUAGACAUGCUUCUAUCACCAUCUGAUAAAAUGCAGUGUGUUGGAGGAGAAGCUGUCAUAGCCCUUAGCAAGGACAGUGAAAUUCACCAGAACCAAAUAUGCGAAGGGAAUGGAAUCGCCCCUUUGGUCCGGCUGUUAAGAAGUGGAAGGAUAGCAGAAGGCACCCUCCUUAGUGUGAUCAAAGCCUUAGGCACAAUGUGUAUCGGUGAAGCUCAUAUAAGCAAUCCAGUUAGUCAAGAGAAUGUAGUGGAUGAAGGAGCAUUGCCUAUACUUGUUCAUUUACUUAAAACUCAUCCAUCCCUUCAGAUAAAGGUUGAAGUUGCAUUUUCCUUGGCUUGCAUUGUUCUAAAGAAUAGCAGUCUGCAGACUGUAUUACAAGACAAAGAAGGCUUUAGUUAUCGGGAUGUCCUUAAGCUUUUUCAUGCCCCAGAUAAGGAUAUCCGUUUACGAGCAGGAUAUGCUAUUGCAAUUUUUGCUUACAAUAAUCCUACUCAGCAGGUACUGAUUUUAGAGGCUGGACCAAUAUCAAUGCAUGUAUUUCAACCUCUUCUGGACUCAGGUGUAGAGACAGAUAGAGCAAUGGCUGCAUUUCAGAUUGUAGUACUAGCAAAAAUUAUAAUUGAUGUGGAUCAAGUUACUUUGUCUGCAAGAGGAAUUUCUACCUUGGUUGACCUACUAUGUUCAGAAAAAUCAUCCACUUUAGUGUUAACAGGAAAAUUAUUAGCUAGCUUGGCCCACACAAGGGCAGGCAUUCCAGAAGCAAUCACAAGCUUGGGAACUGUCCAACGUCUUUGCUAUCAUUUAUAUGCAAAGGAAGAGGAGGUUCGUUCAUCUGUGGCAUGUGCUCUUGGCUAUCUAACAUUUAACCGAACUGCAUAUCGCCAUCUAUUGGUACAAUGUAGGAAUAAGCCCAAGUUAUUCAAGAGGCUAAUAGUAAAUCUAAGCAAAGAUGCAAAAAUAAAUUUGGAUUUUGUAAAGGAAUUUAGGAGACAGAAAAAAGUUGGGCUCCCAUCUCUCAGCCUGGAGUUAAAUGGAGGACCACCUGCUGUCCCUGUACACAUAAGAGAAAAAUUUCGAGGUACUGGUGUUAAAGUAUACAAAGCGAAGUUUCGUCCGAGGGAUUCUCUCUCUUUAAUUCCCCAAAAUACACAUGUAAUGGGAAGAUUAAAAACUCUAGAGAAACCGCGCACACCAGCAUCUGGACACUAUCAAUUUCCACAAACAACCACCUCUGACCUCAUACAAGUUUCAAGACCAAGAAUUGUUAAUGCUGAGACACUCAAAUAUGCUUUGUCUGAAGAGAAAAUUUGAAUGUAAGGUCUAUAUUGUAGUAGCAGAAAAGAUGUUGUUACCGUGCAGUUUCAUGCAAAUAAAAAUAUGAUUGCAUCUAUAAUGGAUUUAAUGGAUUUAUUCCAAAUUGGGAAGAA